AAUUCUGACUAGUAUUUAAUAUUAUAUAUAGUAUUUUGUAGUAGUAUUACAACUGCAUUAUAGUGUAGUUGGCUUAAUUCCAUUUUGGGAAUUCUCAGUCUGGUCUAACUAACUCCCCUUCUUAAUUCAAAUAGUGAAUUAAUUUUCAACUUCACCUUAUCUGGUGUGUCAUGGGGCUUCUUUGAAGAAUGAAUGUCAUAUAUCAUGCAAAGUGUUCAGUGGUUCUUCAGGAUGAAACAUGACCUGCAAUUGCAAGACUUAUUUGAAAUUAAUUCAGUAGUACCAGGUAACGUAUGUGCUGUUUGUAAGGGUAUACUGAAACUGCUUUCUCUUUUUUAUGGAAGUUGUUUCAUCUGCUUGUUAAAUUGUUUUGGUAAAUAAGAAGCAUCCAGUGCCAAUAUUUAGUUUCUAUAAACACUAAAGGCUGAGUUUUCUAAUACUGGGAUGUUGUGUUCCCUGGGGACCAUUUCCAGCAUUUAAUCUAUAGGGGGUAAAAGCUGUUAAGAUUUUGAGAGUACAGCAAUUAUUACUUAAAGUACAGACAGUGUAUUUCUGAUAAUCACAACUUAUAUUUUCCUAGGUGCUGGCUGUAAUGGUUAUAGUAUAAGCUCCAGAUGAGUAAUUUGUGGGAAUUAAAACCAAGCAGCACUGGUGUCUCAUUUAUGUCUUGUUAAAUAAGACUGCAGAGAGAUAGGGCUGUAUGCUUUUAAGGUAGUAAGCUAAGCAUAAUUGCCAUGUUAAAUGACAGCUCUACCCUCUUGUUACUUCUCUUAUUGCUGUCUUUAUUCAAGGAACAAGAGACUUGCUGUCAGGAAAACUGGAAGAAAUCUCAACUGAAGAAUGAUGGGGACUGGGUAAACUGAAAGAAUAAGGAAGCAUAAUUGUACAAUUUAAGAAGGGCUGAAAUAGCUUUAUUCUAGAUGCAGGAAAGUCAGCUUGUAUCUGUUUUUUCACAGUGAUUUUAGGUUUUUGCUUCAGCUGGAAGUUUCCUCCUCAGCCAUAGACAGACACCCUUCUGCCUUGAAUGUAAUAGAAACCAACCCCUUCAAACAUCUGAUUCAUCUUUCACUAAGGAUGCUACCAGGAAACGAUGCUGAUGUGAAGAAAUAUUUAGCUGUCUGUCUGCAAAGAUUAAAGACUGAGAAGAAUAAUCUGGAAGAAAAGCUGAAACAAACAGAAGAUGAUCUGUCUAAACGACUGAGUGUAACACAGCAGACACUUGCUGAAAAGGCAAAAGAAUUAGAGAAGAUGCAGAAUACAUGGUCAUUACAAACAUCUGAGCUAUCAAACAGGCACAACCAAGAUGUCACAGCCGAAAGAGAGAGAGCAUUACAGAUUCAGUCUCAUUGCCAACAGCAACAUGAGCAUCAGAAAAGGGAGAUGGAACUUGCUCAUAAGAGAGCAGUGCAGCAUUUAGAAAGCAGAACAGCAGAACUGGAAUGUAUUAACAAAGAGCUCAUGGAAAAGAAGUACAAAUCGGAGUCUGCUGUACGAGAGCUAAGAGCAAAACUGGCAAAUCUGGAAGAUGAUUAUCAAAGAUCUAAGCAAGAAUUGAUCUCUCUGAGAAGGGAGAACUCCACCCUGGACACAGAGUGCCAUGAGAAGGAGAAGCUCCUUAACCAUCUUAGGACAAGGACUGCUGUCUUGGAGCAGGAAAUAAAAGAUAAGGAACAGGUUGUCACAAGGACAACAAACAUCUUUGAGGCUGCUAAGGAGAAGAAGAAAAGGUUAGAGGAAACAAUGGAAGAAAAGCAUCUACUAAUAGGAAAACUUGAAGCCACUGUAAAAUCCCUCUCAGAGGAGCUCUUAAAGGCUAAUGAAAUUAUUAGGAAAUUGCAAAUGGAUGUGAAGAAACUUGUUGAGAAAACAAAGCUAAAAAACACCGUCACGAUGCAACAAGAAAAACUUUUAGGUGAGAAAGAACAAAGUCUUCAGAAGGAAAGACAAGAGCUGACUCUCUUGAAACAUGCAGUAAAACAGAAGGAAGAGGAGGUCUCAAAGCUGCAAGACCAGCUGGAUGCUACUGUACAGAAACUGGAUGAAAGUACAGAGCUAUUGAAAACAAAUGAAAAUGGUACAGUAUGUAACAGUACACUAUACACUAUGUCACACAUGAUCUAUUAUGUUUGUUUGAAAAAUGUGUUAAUUGUGGAUUUCAUUAUAGUCAUAUCGUGGUUAAAUAAACAGCUUAACGAAAGCAAGAUUGCUUCAAUGCAAGGCCCAGCUGGUUUAUGUGAACCAGCAUUCCUGGCCUCAAAGACUACAGUUAUGCAGAAUAACCUGCAGCAGCUUCAAGCUGUCUACAGCAGCCCUCUGCCAGACUCCUUGAUGCACCCACUUGUCCCAGCUGCCCAGCCUACAGAUAAAUAUUCUAAGAUCUGUGCUACUUUGCCUGGAUUACAGACCCCUUCUCUUGGCCUCAGUAUUAUUAGAAAUGGCCCCCAGGUACAUUUCAGUCCUCUUCCAGCUCCUGGCCCCACUGCAGCAAUAUCUGGUCCUGCAACUUCCACGCCUAUAAUACCUCAAGUGUCCAGCAAUGAUGCCCCAGGAUUAGAUGUGAAGUAUUUACAAAAGAGUGCUCCGGUUAAAGCACUGAAGUCCUUAAUAACUGGACCAAAUAAACCUUUAGUGACAAAUCGAGGAAAACCACAGGCCAUAUCAUCGUAUUUUCCUGGACAGCGUUCUACACUUCCUGCAUCAUGAAUAUGGAUCUGAUAAAAAAUGAAUGAACUGUUACAAGAAGAUGAAACCAAUAAGGGAAAAAGUGGAAAUGAAAUUAAGAACAUGUAAAAAGUAAUACUUAGUGAGUGCAGCAACAUUGCUUCAUAUAAGGGACAUCUUAAUAGCUGUGGACCAUUCAAACUGCCAGAAUGCAGCCUGCUAUUUAGCCAGAACAUUUCAUCACCAACAUUGGAGACCGUUAAAUUCAGAAUUGAUACUGAAUUAAUGUAAUUAUUGAGAAUUGAAAGGUUUAUAAUGAAUUAAAAAUCAUUUGCGGUGAGACUACAAUUGAAGUGUUUGGGUUUAAAGAAACAGUAUAAGAAAAAAAACAUUUCUAAAAAUGUUACUUGAGAGAGCCUUUUGAAAUUGGUUUUGGAGUAAAAUGUUAGCCAUACUCUCAGAUAAGCAAUUCAGAUUUUUUCUUUUUUUAGUAGCAUAUGAAUUAGAAACAAUUUAGAAAGAAUUAUAUAAUUAAAUUUCAUUGGGCAGAUUUUGUGAAUGAAGACAUUAUCCUUACCUUACAUCCUUUAAUUUUACCUACUUAAAUGAAGAAUAUACAUAGAAGUAAUAUUUAUUUUGUUAUUAAGUUCACAUUUUCACCUAAUUUCAUCCAAUCUCUCUAAAAUAAACUCUUUUAGCAGGACAGUUAUGGAUAUGAUUUUGCCAUUCGAAGUCCAGAUUACCUGUGGUUUAUAUAGCUGCAAUGUAUUGGCAGAAAUUAAAUAUAAUCAUACAGUAUAUAUACAUUUUUUUGCCUGAAGAUAUUAUGCGCAUGGCCUCAGUGCUGCUUUAAUAAUUAUCAGAUGUAUUUCAUCUGACUGCAGUUUGCAGCAUUUUAUGCCAGAAAAUCAAUCCUGUUAAGAUUUUAAACCAUGACUUUUCAAAUGUUGGGUCUCAGAUGCUUAGGGGGAGUUGUUGAUUAUUUUUUCCCUUAUUAUAAAUGUGACUCCAUUAUAUAAAAUUAUCUUGAAAAUGAGUCCUAAAGAAAUAUGUUUGUGAUUUCAUUAUUUACACUGUCAUUUGAUUUUAAACAUAUUAAAUGUCUUCAAUCUAAACUUUUCAACCUUACUCAUUGGAUGGUGUUAGGCUGAUGCAAAGGAAAAACGCUAAAUUAUAGUUUAUAGCUAUAGUUGCUCAUGCUCCAGGUAUCUUGAUGUUAACUUUUCUGUUCACAUUUGUGAAGCUGAGUUACAAAACUUUGUUUUUGUGCUUGUCCUGUUGUAACUUUUUUUCUAAUGGCAAAUCUUUAAAUGUGUUGCAGUUCCCAAGGCAUAAAUUAAUGAUUUGUAGCAAAAUGUAUUAUAUAUUUAUAAAAUAGU